UGACCGUCGAAAAUACGUACCAGAGCAGGCGGCGACUCUGAUGAUCGGCUACGAGCGGCAAGCUAUGAUACGCGCCAUCGCAUCGGAUCCAGCGAUUCAACGAGAUCGGCUAUUGCGAGUGUACAAAUGUCUGCGAGAAUGCCGGGCGACCAUAGACAUUGCCGACGCAGUGGUCGUGCAUCAAGGCGAGCUCGUGCAUUGGUACUUCACGUCCAAAGACGGGGAAGUGCGGGAGAAGCAGCCGUACGCGUUGUCGCUGUUGGAGCUCAAGAAGGUGUUUGUCAAGCAAGGGCUGCAGCAAACGUCAAAUGUGGCCCGAACGUUGGCAGUGAUGUUUCAGGAAGCGCACCAUCAGCCCCAGCAGGACCAGCACACAACGUUUACGAUGCUGCAAGACGUGCAAUUCAACACGCACGUGUGCAACCCUAACUCACGCCUGUGGAUGUCCACGUACCUCGUCACGCCGUACAUUUGCGGCAAAUUUGGACCCAACCACGCGACGUACACUGGCAAAUACUGUCGCCCCAGUGGUAACAAAUCCACCGUCAAGUUCUUCAAGCCCGCGUCGUACUUUUUUGGCACCGACGAAGUGGUGUCCGACAACGACGAAGGACGACACCUGACGCAUUUGACCACCCUGCCCGUCGAUUCAAUCUAUGCCAAAGAGCUCGGAUCGGCCUACGACGAUGCCCUCAAACACGACAUCCUCAAACUUGUCCAGUAUAUUGAAGCUGGCACGAGACAUCAAAUACUCCAACUAUUUGCAGACUUUGUGCUCACCACCAGUUGUCGCUUGAUCCUCGUCCGCGUUUCCAACGUUGUAUUUGACGGAGAUCGACGGGGGGCUCCCGUAUCGAUGGCCCCGCCGCCGCCAUCGAUCCAAGCAAAACCCCGCCCCAAGUCGGCGCACCCGAGCACCCACCCCCAUCACCAUCACGGCCCCCCUUUUGAGCGACCCCAGGGCCAUUGCCCUGGCCAUUUUUGCAUGGUUGCUGUCGCCACACGCCGCCACGUUCACUCUAGUCAAAACGUCAUCUCACAAAAAUCUAUCCACGUGGCACAGCAAGAGUGUGCGUUUCUGGCCGCGGCCGCCGCCCACCCCGACGCCAACGAGCAACUUGCAAACGAAGUCUGCCAUCUUGUCGACAUGGCGACCUUUCGCAAUACGAUUCCCAAUCUACGCGGCGUCGAUGCCCUCAUCCAGAUGCGCAACCGGCUGUUGAAGGAGCUCCAUUGGUUUGAUCAGCAAGCACAAGAUGUGGCGGCCGCAACCAAGCGUGUACCUGCCUUUUACGAUACGAUUCACGUAUGUGCGUUGUGCUACAUCAUGUACCAGAGACUGGAUGAAGCAAGAAGGGGGUGUACUGAGACUAUCUCCAAAACGGCAUCGCAUUCCCUCUCGACUUCAGCGUUGUCGGCGAAAUCUGGACGGCCAAAGUCUGCCGCGACGUCGUCAUCUCGAUUGCGUCAGUUGGCCCAACCCAAGACGAAAGCCACUGUCCGUCAUCGUGUCCAUAACAACACAUUGUCGUUCAACGAAGACAAGGCAACCACCACCCCCACCAUUAUCGACCAAGGCGACCGCACCGCCCUUUCAACCUCCAGCAUCGCCGCACCUCCUCCACUAGCCAAGUGCUUGCGAGGAUCGUUAGCCCUAGCAAGUCGAGAUGCGCCGGUGCUGUCGAAAUCACUGGCUCUGUCGGCCUCGCUCGCUGACCUGAGACCUAUUGUGCCUCGACGCAAACUGUAA